AUGCGCACUGACGGAGUAGAAAAUGUCCCGCCGCCAUUGAUGGCGAACGAAACACCUACGGAGGCAGCAUCUACACCUUUGCUCAGAUCAGGAGCAGCAAAAGGUCAUGGUAUUGGAGUUUCAGCCCCGACAGAGGAGAACAAGCCAUCGCCGCUACUUGAGCUCCCGGCAGAGCUUAUGAACCGAAUCUACGAGGCCACACUCAUCGCGGAAGAGUCCAUCUGGGUGAAAGGAAGGUACACUUCGCCAGGACUCGUUGCGGUCAACCGGCAGAUUCGUCACGAAGCCAGAACCACUUCACCGUGGUUUGCAACAACCUCGAUUCAAGAUGGAUUUACGGCUUCGUCAGAAGCAACAUUGCAUCAAAUGUACUUGAAUGAUGGCCUCGACUUGAGUGUCACCACGUUGCGGAUGGACUGGAACAACCUGCGAGAGUGGCUGCAGAACUUUCAUGAGCUCGGAAUAUUGCGCCUCCAUCCCAUACAGCAUGCAGAUGUCGACAACUCCAUUGUUUUCUACUUCUUCGAAGAUCCCGAAAAGGUGCGAAGGCGCAAAUGGAACAUUGUGGCUCGAUCAUUCGAUCUCGUGGAAAGCAUGUGUGACAAGUUGCCAUGGACCGACGUGCUGGAGCUUCUCGAGACGUACAAGGUGUCGGUUGAGGGGCGGGCUGGUGCAGAUUGGACGUAG